UCCGAGAAGUGUCGCCGCCAUAUUGACAUACCCGAAAUAGGUGUACAAAGCGCUGGACGAGAUGGCGGCCCAGACACCAGUGCCUGGUUGUCCUCGACAUCCAGGGAUGGGGUUUGUUUAUGUCUGUAAAUCGUGCGAAGACCAGUUACUUUGUAUGGAGUGUGUUACAGACAGUCACAACGGUCAUACGCUGGAUAAACUUACUGACUACGUGGCGGGUCAGAAACAGGAAAUACAGCAGUUUGCCGACAAGCUCUCCAAAACCGAUAUUCCCAAUACCGAGGGAGAUAUAAAAGAAUGCGGACAGCAGACCAAGACACACGGUGGGCGAUAUCAAAAGAUGAUUGAGGAUAUCAAACGUCAGGGAAAACAGAUGAAAGACGACAUCGACAGUGGUAUAGACUUGCUAGUUAGGAUGUGUACCGAGCUAGAGGAACGCAAUGCGUGUAUUUCCGAGAAGAACAAAUCUACUUUAACUAAAUACCUUAGGGAGGACUUGAAGCCAAACCUGGAAAGAUGCCAAGAGGUACUGACAUCCGGUACAACUGUUGACGUCACUACAUUAGCGCGGGAGAUUAGAAACGGUGUCUCCACUGGCCCACCAUCUCUCAGUGAUUUGCAGAAUGUAGAAUACAAACCCGGGACAAUCUCAACGGAACUCUUAGAACGCAUGCUUGGUAAGCUAUUAGUCGAUGGAGUAGAUGAGUCGUACAAACCGAUUCCGAAAUGUGAGCUUCUGUACGAGUUUCAGACGUCAUUUGUUUACUCUAAUUGUAAUACAUGUCUUAAUGGUGACGAAGCAUGGUUAUCGCACUGGACGGAUUAUACCAUACAUCGAGUGGAUGUGAAAGGCAAAGUCAAUGAGGAGAUAGAUUGUCAGGUCAAAGUCCAAUCGAUGUCCGUAUCUCCAACCACGGGGAGGGUGUGGCUCUGUGUGGUGGAUGACAGAAGUAUCCGAGAAAUCACGACGGGUGGUGACAUUGUUACACGCUUUAACGUAGAAAACACACCAGGUUCUUUGUGUAUCACUAGUGACGACAUGGUAGUGGUGGGGAUGAAGGGAGGAAUACAACUGUACACUACAGACGGACGGGCGGUGUCGGCAGGAAUGGGUGGUCCGUGUAGACAGGCAGCAGUAGUUCCUCAUCACAUGACGUCAUGUACACUGACCGGGGAUGUAGCUGCUGUUGAUAAUGAUGGUGUAUCGUUUGAUGACUACAUGGCUGGUAAGAACCCAGGCAAGCAACCGUCCGUCAUCGUAAUGGAUAAACACCUAAACCUGAAGUUUUGCUGUAAAGACAUCGGUACGAGGAAAACACACGGAAGUGACAUUCAGUCAUCAAAGUUUCACCCGCACGAUGUUUGUUUUGAUGGAGCUGGUGAUGUCCUUGUAAUGGAUUAUGUCACCAAGUCAGUACUACUGAUUGACAGGAAUACCGGACACUAUAUGAGGACUGUUUAUACAUCUGAUAGAAGUAAACCUAUGUGUAUCUGUCUGCGUGAUGAUGGCACCCUCUGGGUCGGACACGGAAACAAAUCAACAAAGGUCAUCAAAUAUAAAUAGACGUGUGAGGACAAAUAUAUCACUACAUACAGAUAAACUCACUCCAUUUCCUUAAGUUACCAUAAUGAAAAUUAACAGUAGGUUUAUCUUCAGCCACCACCAUCGUAAGAAAUGUGAUUACCUCGACAGUCGUAUUAAAAGACAUCAUAGUCAGGAUUAGGAACAUUUGACAAAUUUAGAAAAAAAAAGUGAUUUGGUGUUUUUUUUGUGACAAGGGUAUGUUUCGAAUAAUUCCGAAAAAAACACAAGGACAUGUCAUAUGCAACAUAACGGUAGAUAAAAAAACAACAUUUUUUUCAUUUUAUUUUCAUAAAAGUUCCGUAACGUAUGAUUUUCGUCUGAAAAUGAUUUAUCAAAGCUAAAGUCAUGACAGAAAAAUGUUUCAAAUACAUUAAUAUAGUUUUCGGCAGUUGUACGGGGAUCCCUAUAUAUUUAGAUUUAUAUUCUUAAAGUUAUCUGAUUCCACUGGACAAUUUAGAAUCCUUAUUUAUUUAGAUUCUUAUCUGUAAGUUAUCUGAUUCCACUGUAUUCUGUUUCAACAGUAAAACAUUUAACUACUGUUUUAUUCUUUUUACAAAAUAAUUUAAUGCAAUAGUUUUGAUCUUAAUGUCACAUGUAACGCGAAGUUUAUUUUUUUUAACACAAACGUAGCUUGAAAACUUAUUUCACAAAAAUGAAUAAAUCAAACUAGAAAUAAAAAUGUAAAAAGGUGUACAAAUGUUGAAAUACAUCAACAGAGUACGAGUUGUUUUAAAACAUAUCAAUAUUCAUAUAUUUAUUGCACACAAACUGAUUCUGUGACGCAUUUGUUUGAAAUCAGUGCAGUCAAUCAUCAAAUAUUUGACUGUAAAUGGCUGAUCAAAUGUAUGUCAAUAAGGUUGGUCUUUACGUAAAUGUGUGAUGUAUAGGCAUGACCUUUGCGCAUUCGCAAAAGGACAACUUCCUGUCGGCGGUCUGCUCUGCUUGUUGUCAAUGAAUUUUUGACAGUUUAUUUUGCAAGUUACGAUAAGACCGUUUAACAUCUUUUGGUUGUAGGUAAAGAGCUGUCUUAGCAGCCCUAUCUACUUCAUCAUUUCCACAUACUGAUACAUGACCAGGUAUUCAAAUGAUGAUCAGGUGGCAAAACACUAAACUCCUGUUAAUACGAGGAGGAAAGUUAUGAGAAAGAAUGUUGUUUCAGUGUUUGUUUAAUAACGGUAGCAGUGAUUACGACUCAGAGCAGAUGAUUGCUUUUUGAUUUUAUCCCUUUUCAAGAGAGAGAGAGAGAGAGAGAGAGAGAGAGAGAGAGAGAGAUGUUAAUUAUCAAUAAAAUUGUGCUAUUGACAAAAGAAGACGAUACAUUUUACACAAACGUUUUCACUGUAUUAGAUCUUCAGGUGAUUAUUAACAGUAGGGUAUUGUUUGACGUCAUAGAGAGGCUAAGGAAAUGGAAACUAUAAAUAUCCUGAAGCCUAAUUUGAAUAUAGAACUUCAUGUGCUUACUGACAGUAGGAGAUUGUGUGACGUCAAAGGGAGUCUAAGGAAUUGGAAACUAUAAUUAGCCUGAAGCCUAAUCUAAAGACUAAAUAUGUAGUACAUUAUUCCUGUACUAAUGAUUAGGUCCCUUUAAGUAUUAUGACGUCAUCAAUAGCUGGGUAAUCUGUGACGUCACAUAAUACCCUACUGUUACUGAAGAUCUAUUACAGUGAAAAACGUUUGUGCAAAAUGUAACAUAUAUUCUUUUCAUAAAUAAAUCUACACAAAUGUAUUCCUAAAUACACAGACUAAAUAUCCUAAUCUACAAAAUAAAAUUAAGCAUAUAAGUUGCAUGUCAGAUUCAAAUAAGUAUGAUUUACAUUGUAAAUACUCUAUGUACAUAUUAUACUUUUUUAUUAUGGUUUUCUACUUAAACUGGUUAUAUUUUUAUAUUAUAUUUGUAAGAUUUAACUGACUGAUGUACUCUAUAAAGACAAAACGUUUUUCUAAAUAAAUUAUUGUUUUAGUGAU